AUGGCUGAUGGUACUGUCGAGUAUGUUGGCAAGAAUACCGUCGGCGACGAACUCGGCCUCAUGCCUAAUGGCUACUACUUUCAGAGUCCUCAGUUUAUUGAUCCUCUCACUGCGCAGUGUCUAGCAAGUACUUGCGCAUACCUGGGAUGGGUGCUCCCCUCGAAUACUCUAGGCUCAUCUAUGUUCUGGAAACCCCUGAUCACGUCCCGUGUUUUUAAGAACACUGGGUUCGUCGCAGUAGUCACCUGUGCGAUUGUUGCCUCCAUGGCCUACAACUCCUUGACCGCUCUCUGGCCUACAAUUAUCAGCACACUGUACACCGCAUAUUCCAUCAAAGUUGGCUGGCAGAGCUGCGUGAAUGGUGGUGGAGUUGUUCUGGGCCAAGCUAUGUCAGGUCUCGCUAUCGCCUAUGUUCGUCGCCUCAAGAUCCAGUGCAUAUGCGCUGCUGCUCUUGUCAUGACUUUCAUCACGUCAACGUCUUCCAUUUCUCCUGGCCGGUGGGAACCCCAAGAUAUCGGGAUAGCGUCUGGUAUUCUUGGAUCGAUUCUUGUCCUCGGGGGUGCCAUUUCCCAGGCUGUGUAUGUCGCUAUUUUCAGCAACGAGUCCCCGAGGAAGAUUCCCAAGUUUGGUAUUUUCUUGCCCCCUGAGGCCGGUAUCAACAAGGCCAUCGUUGACUCAGUCGGGGAUGCCGUUGUCAAAGCCUACACCAGCCCACUACCUUAUGUCUUCUACGCUACUAUACCGUUCUCAUGCAUCAUGCUUGUCGCCGCUUUCGUGGGUCUAGACAUUAAACAGUUCUUGACGUACAAUGUUGCAAAAUGUCUCCAGGAUAAAAGCUUCCGUAAAUCCUCUACCGGUGCCAACGAAGUUGAGGUUCAGGCCAUGAAUGAAUGUCAUCCAGAUGAGGCUAGAGUGGCUUCAUAUGUGUAG